AUGGCUCUAGUUUUAGGGUGGAAGCAGGAACUUAUUCACUGGAAUGAAUCCGAUUUUGGAGGAGCAAAACAAUUAGUAUUUGAUGCUCGUCAAAUAUGGACACCAGAUAUAAAUUUUAAUAAUCGUGUUGAUUAUGGCAACAUAAUAACUGACGAUGCUGAUAAAUCGUUUAAAGUUACGCUGUAUGAUGAUGGAAAUGUCAUCUGGAUAAUAGGAGACCAGCUCGAAACUUCGUGCAAUGUAGAUAUAAGUUGGUAUCCAUUUGACAACCAAACAUGUAUCCUUGAAAUAGCGACAGUGACCUCAACAGAUCCAGAAAUACAACUUAUUCCAGCCGCACAGUUUGUGCAUAUAAACUUGGAAGUACCAAAUACCGAAUGGACCAUACACGAGUCACCAAUAUACAAGACUGCUCGUCACACAGAUAGAAGUGUCCUGAAAGUACACAUAUUAUUGUCUCGAAAGGUUUUAUCCCAUAUAAUGAAUACAAUCAUUCCGGUGUUUAUUCUAUCUUUCAUGAAUGUACUCAGUUUUAAGAUCCCAUUGCAAAGCGGAGAAAGGAUUUCAUAUAGCGUAUCCUUGUUUCUCACCUUCAUGGUUUUGCUGGACAUGAUCAGUGACUCAAUUCCAAAUGUCUCCAGUCAAGUUUCUGGGCUACAGUUGUUUGUGACACUGCAGUUAGCAUUUGGGGCAGUUGUCACAACACUGUCCAUCGCAUUGGUUAAGUGGUCUCACUCAUUCUCGAACCAACGAGACGGCGGUAGAUUUUCCAUUAAAUGUUUGAAAGGACUGUGUACGACCAAAACAGAGAUAAACGACUUAGAUGAAUCAGAAGAUGGAAAUCAGGAAAAGGGAGUCGACGUUCUAAUAGAACUUAAAGAGCUGAAUGCAAAAGAUCAAACUCUGAAAACAUCAAUGGCUCUUUUUCUCCGAUGGAAGCAGGAUCUUCUUCGAUGGAAUAAUUCAGAUUUUGGGGGAGCGGGCAAAAUAACACUUGAUUCUCGUGAACUAUGGACACCAGAUGUAAAUUUUGAUAAUCGUGUUGAUUUUGGCAACAUUUUAACUAAUGAUGCUGAUAACUCGUAUAAAGUUACGCUGUAUGCUGAUGGAAAUGUCAUUUGGAUUAUUGGAGGCCAGCUCGAAACUCCAUGCACUGUAGAUAUCAGUUGGUAUCCAUUUGACAACCAAAGAUGUAUCAUUGAAAUAGCGACAGUGACCUCAACAGAUCCAGAAUUACAACUUAUUCCAGCCACACGGUUAGCGUACACGGUCGGUGUUGGAUCAAAUAGCGAAUGGACCAUACUUGAUUCACCGAUUUACCAAAACAGCUAUUUCACAGAAAAAAGUUUUUUAGAAGUGCACAUUGUGUUGACCAGGAAGCCUUUAUCGUAUAUAAUGAAUACGAUCAUUCCGGUGUUUAUAUUAUCUUUCAUGAAUGUACUCAGUUUCAAGAUCCCGUUACAAAGCGGCGAGAGAAUAUCCUACAGCGUUUCCCUGUUUCUCUCAUUCAUGGUUUUACUGACCAUGAUCAGUGACUCAAUUCCUGUCUCCAGUCAAGUUUCCGGCCUUCAACUGUUUGUGACACUUCAGUUAGCAUUCGGAGCAGUAGUCACGUCGCUGUCAAUCGCGAUGGUAAAGUUGUCAUUUGCGAACCAGAGAGACAAUAGUAAAAGUUUAAAUGGAUGUCUGAAAGGACUGUGUACGAAAACGCCAAAGACACACGACUGCAAUGCAACAGAUGAUGGAGAAACACAAAACGAAAACGUCAGUGUUAUGAAGAAAAAUCAGUGCUUUGAUACGAUUGACUGUGUUUUGUUUUGGAUCUUCCUUGCUCUUUUUCUACUUGCGGUCUUGAUACUCGUUAUAGUAUCAAGCUGA